UCUAAUAUCUAAUAUUUAGUCUCGCUUUGCAUUGCGAGCUAUGAGGUCGUCAUGGAAAUCUACUGCCCAAGCAUUGAGCGCUUCGUUGGUGUUUGGUGCCGCCAUUGCAAUUGAUCUUGAUGUGAACAGUGAAGACUCCAUUCGUUCUGCUGCCUCGACCAUCGCAGAGGGACUGUCGCAUUACUACAAGAAUGGCGGCUCAGACGUCGCCGCUGAUGAGGUUGGAGUCCUGCCAACUCCCUACUAUUGGUGGGAGGCGGGUGCCAUGUGGGGAGGCUUGGUCGAUUACUGGGCCUACACUGGCGACGACGCGUACGUGGACAACACGAGAAACGCCUUGGUUGCGCAGUCUGGUCCGAACAGGGACCUCAUGAACCCAAAAUUCUUUACGAGCACGGGUAAUGACGAUCAAGCUUUCUGGGCUCUGGCUAUGAUGUCUGCCGUUGAGCAGGAUUUCCCGUCUCCACCAAAGGAUCAACCGCAGUAUCUCGACGUCGCCAAAGCUGCCUUUGACACCCAGGUAGCACGAUGGGACACGGCUGGAUGUAGCGGUGGCCUGCGCUGGCAAGUAUUCGACUACAACCCCGGAUGGGCAUAUAUGAACACCAUCUCGAACGGCGGCUUCUUCCAGCUUGCCGCUCGACUCGCCCGAUACACCGGAAACAACACGUACGUCGAGUGGGCCGAGAAAGCCUGGGACUGGACCGAGAAGGUUGGCCUCAUCACAGACAAAUGCGCCGUCUUUGACGGCACCGACUCGGCCAAGAAGUGCAUCGACGUCAACCACCUACAGUGGACCUACAACGUCGGCAUCUUCAUGCACGGCGCCGCCACGCUCUACAACUACACCAACGGCAGCAGCUUAUGGGAAGACCGCGUAAACUGCAUGCUGUCCGGCUCCUCCAUUUUCUUCUCCCCCUACGAAAACGCAACCGACAUCAUGUCCGAGGCCGGCUGCGAGCCCAUCGGCACCUGCAACACUGACCAGCAGUCCUUCAAGGCCUACCUCGCCCGCUGGAUGGCAAAAACCUCCGUCCUGGCACCCUUUACCAAAAACGCAGUCUCCAAACUCCUCCAGGCCUCCGCUAAAGCUGCCGCGCGCUCCUGCUCCGGCGGCUCCGACGGCGUCACCUGUGGCACAAAGUGGUAUACCGACGCUUGGGACGGCGCCUAUGGUGUUGGCCAACAGCUCGCCGCCCUUGAGGUCGUUCAGGCUCUCCUCAUUGGCAGUGCUGCCGUCCCGCGCACCCAGCCUCAGGUCGAUCUAGAGCCCACACAGUCCCCUGAGCCGGUGCCGGUGCCCUCGAAGACUACCUCGGUGGAAAUCUUACAGUCCAGCACCGCUGCUCCCGAGCCGUCGAGCAGCGACGGCGCUGCGGCAAUGUCAAAGAGCUUGCAAGUGCCCCUCGCUGUCGCGUUCGUUGGUGGCGCUCUCGGCAUGGUGGCGUUGUGAGUGAGUGAGGGGGGGUAAGAUGGAGGAAGGCGAAAGAUGCCUGUGGGCUUAUUUUUUUUUCUCUUAUUUGUGUGUAUGCAUACACACGGUUCAUGGAUAUCAGGGCAUUGGUCGGCGUUGUUCUGGUAUAGAUGGAUGGAUUGAUGGAUAGAGGGGCGGAAAGGGAUAGACAAGAAGUUCCGGAGGGAAAU